UACUUCAGUUGGUCCGGUUGUCUGAAGGGGGUUACCUCUGUAAUCUAGUUGGAGGAUGUAGAUUUAUUAUUGUUACUUCAUAUGUAAUUCAAAAUGAAUACAAGAUCCUCAAUCUAAAUUUAAUUGAAAACAAGAUUUGCCUUUUCCACCACCAAACAUGGCAGAGCACACACCAGAAAGUGACCUGGGUAGUAUUGAAUGUUUCCAAAACUAUACAGCUCCUGAGGUUUUCAUACAAGGUUUAGCAGGAAUUGUUGAUCAGCAAGACGUAGAAUCAAUGAUAAGAGCUCAGAAACAAAUGCUGCAAAGAUUUGAGAAGACUAAUGAGAUGCUGUCAAACUGUAAUGCUCUCUCCAUGAACCGGUUCAAAGUGGCCAGUUCAGAGCUAAAGAAACACACCCAGUUGUUGACAGAAAUGCGGAAGGAUUUAGACACUAUCUUCAAGCACAUUAGAACCAUCAAAGGAAAGCUCACUACACAAUACCCUCAAGCCUUUACAGUUCCGUCAAGGGGUGGUUCGACAGAUGAAGAUGAUAUCCACUCCAAUGCUAACAAACCAAAAUUGUCCCGCUCUGCUGAGACUGUAGUGUCAGUCUCACUGCAGGAUGCCAACAUUGCAGAGAAAAAUGACAAUGUGUUUCCUCCACUUCAAGAGUCAUUGCAAGUUGAGGAGGAAGAAGAGGAAGAAGACCGGUUGUCUAAUGCAAGUGCUGACAGGAAGACACUGAAGAGAGCCAACAGUUCGUCCAGCGAUAGCAAUAACGGCAACAGCAACAAUGACUCCUCUCCCUACACUUCUGACACUGGAUAGUGUCAUCUUCAGAAUAGAGGCUGUUUACCAUCGUUACUUAUGAUCUCAUUAAUUACGUUUAUAUAUUAAGAAAGUUUAUUUUCGUGCAUUUGUUAUAGGUGCCCAUUGUGGUUCUUUCAUAUAUUAUAUAAUAUGACAUUAAUGCAUAAUUUUGUAUUCUACUUGAUAGCCAGAUUAGUUUUAACUAGAUUUACAUCUAUUGUACGUAAGAUCAAAGAGGUCAAAACGGAAAUUAAACAUUUGAUUUUUAUA